UUUGAAUUAACCUCAAAUAUAUGGCCAUAUAAAGAAUGUGUAACAUAUACAAAUAUGAAACAUUGAUGAAGUUUUAAUAAAUAUGAGUGCAUUAAGUGACACCAGUGAAGAGGUUUCUGAUACAAGAAGCCAGAAAGAUGAAGAUUUUAGAAUAAAUAACUAUGGUAAAGAAAGCGAUAGCGAUGAUUCUUGGUAUGACGUUUCGGAAGCAAAUAACGAUGAAAAUGCCGGUCAAAAUGAUGAAAUGGAUGAGCAACAACAGAGUGGAUCGGUGCUUCCUGGAGGUCAUAGAUUUGAUAGGAAACUUAUAUGCGUUAAAUACCCUGGGAAUGUCAUUAAUCCAGAGAAAGCUAUUGAGACUUUAGGCGGUAUCCAUAGUAUUUCGACGGCAGUAGAUACUUCAAAUCGGCGUUUAGAAUUGAGAUUUAGACCAGAUGAUGUCUAUUGUAAACCAACUUGUGGUGAUAGACAUAAUACUAAUGGAUUUCUGCUUAGAGUAUGCAUUAAAAAAGGUAAAAAUGCAAAAGAAACCGAAGGAAAACUAAACGACACAAGCAGUGUGAAUUUAAAUGACAAAAAUAGUGGCAAUGCAAGUGAUUUAAGCAAAAAAGCUCAGGAGGAACAACUUGUAACUGAAUUGAUUGAUCAAGUACAAAGCUGCUCUGUUGGUACUUCAGAUGAUACUCAUUCUCCUCAUAAGGAUUUAUCUUCUGAAGCUGAAGCUCAACCUAAGGAUUUACAAAAUGUAUUGCUAGACUCAAGUGAUGUAACUAUACCAAAAACAAAAGAGAACACUAUGCCGACAUUCGAUCGAAACAAGUAUCAAAAUCUUUCCGACGAUAAGGACUAUGAAUUGCCAGAAUUAACAGUAUUAGGAAAAGUUGAUACAGAAUUUCGAUUUACAAAUCUUUGUGACUUUCAGUAUCUACCAAUGGCUCCAUGCAAGGAUGACCCUAAAACAUUAAAAUGCAUAUAUGACCAAAUUUAUCCACACAAUAUACCUCAUUAUUCUUGGUUAAAAAAUGAUGUACUUUACUUCUUACCACCAGCUGCGUUUAGCAGAAUGGACACUGUACAACAGUAUGCACCAAAAACUGAAGUAAACUCGUAUCCAGAUAAUGUAAUAGGCAAGAGGAGAAAACGAAAAGCAGGAUUUUCAAAUUUUAUAUAUUUCUCGACGCCUGAGGUGCCUACUAAACCACCAGCAGGUAUAGAAACUGCAAUGAAAGUGAAGUUCGUUCGAAAUGCCGACUUCGAACGAAUGCGUGAAAUAUUUGAAGAGCGACCAAUUUGGUCGAAAAAUGCGCUGAUGUAUAAAACGAAAUUUUCUAAUGAUCGAUUAAAAAUUUUAUUACCCGCUGUGGCGUAUUACUUUGUAACUGGCCCGUGGAAAAUUAUGUGGGUGAAGUUGGGCUAUGAUCCAAGGAAAGACACUUCUGCAAGAAAAUACCAAACGUUAGACUAUAGAUUGAAAGCGAUGCACGGUUUAGGAUCAACUGUAAAAUGUAAAAGAAAUUAUGCUGAUUAUACAUUACCGUACAAAUCAACACCACCUGCGAAACAGAAGACAAUCGUGUCGAAUGCUGGUUUAAUUCUUGAACAGGCGGCUAAGAAAGAGCAAGAUUUAAAUGAAAAUGCGUACGUUUAUAGGAAAGGAACAAUACCGCCUUCGAGGCAAAUGUUUUAUCAGUAUUGCGACGUUCUGGUGGAUGAAAUACAAGAGAUGUUAGCAAAGUUACCAGACCCUGUACCUGGUGCAAGGUGCCAUGAGAAACGAGGGUGGUUACCAGGUGGUUUUGAUGUACAGUGUAGAGAAAUUAUUAAUAAACAAGUUCGAGCUGUUUUAAGAAAGCAAAUGAAUAUACCUGAAGAUCAUCCUACGUCUUUGCCUCGAAAGCGUGGAAUUAACAUGAAGCGUAAUAUACUUGAUAGUAGAGAAAGAAAAAGGAAAAGAGACUCGGUUACCAGUACUGCUGUUACGACAGAGGGAAACUCGUGAUUUAAGUUAAAUAGCAUUACUUUUUCUAUAUAAUUUAUCAAAUUUCACAAAUAAAUUUGACUUUCUUAGUACCUAAA